UACUGGUCAAUGGCCUGAGUACACAGUCACAGGUACGCAGUCACUUUCCUGUUACCUUUCGACACUCUUCGCCCACGAAAGGAGAUGAUAUUUAAUUUAAUCGCCUUGGACGAAAUAUUCCUCCAAAUCGUCACUGCAACUUAUUUCCUCGCGAAGAUCUCACACACUUGUACAUCAUACACUACUCUCUCUAUAUACAUCUCUUCUACCUCCUCGAACCUUAUUAUUUCCUUCAACUAUGGCGAAUAAAGUCAGUCACUACUACGAGACGCAAUCCUACCAUCCCCAGGGUUCUCGCGACUCUACCCUUACAUCCAUCAAGCCAAACCCUAGCAACUCCCAUAGUUCCAUUUCACAAUCCCUUCCCAUUUCCCCCCAUCGUGGGUCCCUGGGGCUUGAACCGAAGAAGAAACCUCGCAGUCAACUCGGCCAGGUCCAACAUGUAAAACAAGGUCUAGACACCCUACUUACUAGGGACUAUCUAGAGGGAGAAGGCAAGGGCUUCAACAACUCAGUCCAUGAGAAGAUGUUCAACCCCGAAGGCCGUGUCGAAGAAUGGGGUUCAUCUGCCUGGGCUACUUAUCCGCCCAAGAUGGCCCCGCAAUUAGAAGUGAUGGAUUCUAAACCCCCGUACGAGAGCGGGCUAGGCGAUCUAGAGGAAUUGAUUAGCCCUCACUUCGAGCAAUCCGCUGCCCUGCGAAAGUGGAUGGAAAAGGCAAACGAGCAGAGAAAAUCGCUGCGCGACGUCGAAGAGAUACACGACCACCUUGGUCUUCUACAGCUAAACCUACGAAUAGCUGUUGAGUCGCCAGAUACCUUUACCCAAACGUUUGCCAAAAACAAGGCUAAGGAGAUUACGGAUAUGCUAGCACCCCAGCAUAGGGAUGUUGUUGAGACAGAUCGAGUUCUUCUCCAGGAGAUUGAAGAAACGUAUUCGGCAUUUACGGACGUCAAGAGCUAUGAGGAUCGUCUACAUGCUCGCCGUCAUGCCGAGGAACUCCUCAAGCGCAGCCAGCCACCACAAGAUUCGGGUGUUACCCGCCUACUAGGUGCAGAUGGGUCGGUGUCACCUACUAGCGGCCUCUCAGCAGACAGCUUCUUGUAUUUCAUCGGCUCGCCCCCAACGCUACAGAAGAUACCUUUCAAUGUUGCCGUAUGUACUGGCCUAGAAAAACUCGGCAGUCCUGAAAAGCAUCUGCCAAUACCUUUGCAACACAUGUCUCCUCCCAUCAGCCUACCCGCAGCUAAGCUCCCUGAUCCAGAUAUACCUGACUGGUUUCGGAUCUUCGAAAACCGUCAUGGAGAAUGUCUUGAAGGCGAAGAGGCUCACACUCGGUUUCGAUAUCUUCUUAACUUCAUCGGAAGCCUAGGGAUUGAAAUUAGAGAGUCUAAGGAGCAAGAUACGACCAACGAAAAAAAUAUAAACAUGUACCGCAAUGCCAUGGACGCCAUCAUGGAGGCGAUGGGAGAGAUAGCUUUGGAAGACAAGGCUACAGUAAUGAAGGCCAUGGAGAAGAGAGAGUAGCGCCCUAGGGGUCGACGGUAGUAGAAAGAUCUAAGGGACAUGGCCAGUUUCAUGGCAGAGGUUGCUGUGAAUGCUUGUCUACAUUUUCUAUCGAAGCGUUAUAGAUAUGGUGUGGAGUUUGGCCAGAAUAGCGUACAGAGGAGAAAUUGAAGAUAUAAUUAGUAUAUCUACAUUGAAUAAGGGGUUUUUUACGAUAGGGUUAUGGUAACUUGAACUGGUUCGAGAGAAACCUGCUGGAUAGGAGUUGGGCAUUGCACAAGAAGAUACCCCUUUUCGCUUUUAUAGUACAAGCUGUAUACAAUAAGUAGUAUUAUGUACAUUAUCGAAGCGUUAUAUUCGUAUAUGUAUGAAAUACAUAUGCACAAAGUGAAGA